GCCUGCGCCCUCUGGCUCGCCGGUCUUCAGCAUGGCGGCCGCGGCGCUGUGGCUGAGGCCGAGCCUGCGCCCGGCGGCGCGCGGCCUGCGCACCUUCUCCUCCGUCGCCAGGCCCGCGGCUCCGACCGCAGACCCGCAUGUGCUAUCCAGAAGCGAAAAGCCGAGGAGAAGAAAGGCCCUGCCCCCCAGGACGGAGAAGAUGGACGCAGACCAGGACUGGCCCAGCGUGUACCCUGUUGCAGCGCCCUUUAAGCCCUCGGCUGUCCCUCUGCCUGUUCGAAUGGGGUAUCCCGUGAAGAAGGGCGUGCCCAUGACAAAGGAGGGGAAUCUCGAGCUUUUAAAGAUCCCAAAUUUCCUGCAUUUGACUCCUGUGGCAAUUAAAAGGCACUGUGAAGCUCUGAAAGGCUUCUGCACCGAGUGGCCCGCUGCCCUCGACAGUGACGAGAAGUGCGAGCAGCAUUUUCCGCUUGAGGUGGAGACAGCUGACUACGUGUCGUCGGGACCAUCGGUUAGAAACCCCAAAGCUCGAGUAGUGACGCUGAGGGUUAAACUCUCCAGUUUGAAUUUGGACAAGCAUGCGAAGGAGAAGCUUACUAAGCUUGUAGGAGAACGGUACUGCAAGGCCACCGAUGUGCUUACGCUCACAACAGACAGAUGUCCUUUGAAGAGACAGAACUACGACUAUGCGCUGUAUCUCCUCACGGUCCUCUACCACGAAUCUUGGAAAACUGAGGAGUGGGAGAAGAACAAGUCUGAGGAGGACAAGGCCGAGUACGAGUGGGAAAGAAGCCCCUCGGAGAGGAGUGUGGCGCAGACACUGCUGCAGAUGCGAGCCUCGGAGGGCGGGGCGGCCCCGAGCAGGGAGGAGCUCCUGCGGAGCGCCGAGGCCCAGGAGUACCGGCGCUGUGUGGUGCGCCUCAAGAACGAGGGCGAGACCCAGGCCAGCCUCGCUCAGUACAAGGAGGCCGUGAGGAGACUGUUAGAUCUGGCGUGAGGCCCGCUUGUCACUUCCACGUGUAUCAGUCAGUGGUACGCAAUAAACGGAAAUGGUCAGGAA